UUUCAGAUGACCUGUGAAAUAAGCCGUUUUAUGAGAAAAGAAAUUGUUCUCUCGGUGUACAGAGUAAAAUAGAGAGCAAACGAGGACCCGGAAGAAGAAGACACACAUGGCUUCAAAACUUACGCCAAUGGUUUGGACUAACAUCGAUCGACUUAUUUAGAAACGCCGCAAACAAAACUAAAAUUAUUAUGAUGAUAUCGAACGUCCACAACGGACAAGGCACAUGAUGAAGAAGAAGAAUUAAAUAAACACCCUAUUAUGAAGAAGGAAUACAGAAAUAAUUAGGUACUCAUGUUACAUAAUGAGGAUGAUCGCCAGGCUGUUCCUUGUGCUUUGCGUCGUCUCUAGUGCAUGGGCACUAUGCCCGACGAAAUGUACGUGUUUCUUGGACUACAAAGGACGAAACGCAGUGGUCUGCAAAGAUGGCGGAAUGGUGGGACCCUUGAAUUUAAACAACGUCAGUCUGGAGACCGAAGUUAUCAAAAUAACCGCUCCAGAUGACAAUAUGAAUUCACUUACUAUGAGUCCGGUGUUUCAAAGCUAUAAACAGCUCGAAGAGAUACAUAUUACGAAAUCUAACAUACCCCAACUGGGAAUGCACUUUUUCUACGGACUCAACAAACUAGACGUAUUAAAUUUAUCCCAAAAUAAUAUAACGCAGCCUCUGGACCACAACUUUCGUGGAUUGUCGCAUCUGAAGGAGCUGUAUCUGGACGACAAUCGGAUUAUUUCCUUACCUAGCGGGACGUUUAGGUAUUUACAUGGGCUUAAACUUUUGUCGAUACAAAGAAAUAGAAUCGAAGAACUUACUCCGAGGAUAUUUUUAGAGAUUAGUAAACUGAGAAUGCUGAAGCUUAGCGGAAACAACUUGAGGGAGUUGCAUCCUGAAGUUUUUAAGGAUAUACAGGAGCUCACCUAUCUUGAAUGCCGUGGCUGUGCCUUAACCACAUUGAACAACGAAAUCUACCACCUCCUGCCAGAUCUAAUUCACUUAGACCUAGGUAAAAACGAAAUUAAGAAUAUUUCCCAAAACGAUUUCCAGAAUCUCCUAAGUUUGCGACAUCUUAAGUUAGAUAGUAAUAUGCUAUAUUCAAUAGACAUCUCGACAUUUUCCUCUCAAGCAGCUUUGAGAAAACUUAGUUUAUCGAAUAAUAAAAUAAAAAAAAUAUCACCUGGAUCAUUUUCUGAGAAUCAUAAUUUGACUGAGUUGGAUGUGAGUUACAAUAGAGUAGAUGAUAUGAGCUUUUUAGAACCUUUGUAUGAUAUUUUGGAAAAGUUGGACCUUAGCGGGAAUCACUUACGUACUGAAUUAUUAACAGCACUGAUAAAUUUGAACAGUUUAAAGGAACUAAAAUUGGCUGAUUGUGGAUUGGCUCAAAUAAAUGCUGAAGUGAUUCCUAAAAGUGUCUCUGUCCUAGAUUUGAGUGAAAACUAUUUGUCGUCUUUAAAUAAAAACAUCUUACCCCCAAAUCUUACAACUUUAGAUAUAUCUGGUAAUCGAUUCAGAGGUUUAGAGGAAGAUAUUUUGCUUUACUUAGAUAACACGCAGAAUAUUAAACUCGGCCACAAUUUAUGGUCUUGCGAUUUGUGCCAUAUCGUCCCUAUGCUGGAAAGAACGAACAAAAGUGCAGUGUUCCGUGAUGUAACGUGCUCAGCGCCGUACAUAUUUAAAGGCAAAAAGCUCGAAAAGAUCCAACGUAAUGAGCUCACCUGGUGCAGUUCUGCCAGUUACACAGCGAGUGAUGCCAACUUUUUUUCAUUGGGCGAGGACGGGAAAGUAGGGAUUAUCGCAGCUAGCACUUCGGUGUUUCUACUUCUUCUAACCGCAUUCGCAAUAAUCGGCGCAUUGUGCUACGCUAAUCGACAUGCAGCCCGAUACUACACCCACGAGGAUAAAAUAGCCACUAUCGAAGGGGAAUCGAUUUUCGCCAGUAAUCACAGCCCAUUGUUUUGUGAUGGGGAACUCAACUUUAAGUUUCCGCUGGAUAUGGAGGAGAAGAAAAUUUCCAUAGCUACUAUUGAUGAGAUUAAAAAAGAGCAUGCGAUUACCAAUGGGACUUGAACGGAGUUAUAGUCCGGUAGUUGUGGUAUUUAGGUAUGAAAUAAGUGUUCAAAAAUUGUAACAUAAAGAAGAUGCUAAUUAUUCAGAAUUAUAAGGUUAGAAUUAUAAUUUUUUAGAAUCAUCAUUUUUAUAAGAUAGAAGAUAUUUAUUAUGAUAUUUAAGAAGAUUAAAUAUAUUUACAUGAAAAGCAAAAUAUUUUUCUCCUCUGAUAAAAUUAUUCUAGGUCAAUAUUUGGACUCAUAAAGCUUCUAUCCGGUUCACCUGAAAUGUUUCAUAUACACAUAAAAUGUUCACCUGGGAGUAAGAUAGGCAGACAAAACUUCUUCCGUGUCAAGUUGUCCAGUAAUGCUAGUUUUUAAACCUAUUCCAAAUUCAUCGACAAACGUGUUUAGCGAUGAAAUUUGUUUAGAUUAUGAACAGAGUGCUUCAUUCUGCAAUAUACUCAACACAAACUCAGACCAAUUCGCCUGUACAUUUUUCAUUUGAAUUUCUUGUAUUCAAACCAUCAUUCUUAAAAGUUUUGUGUACCAGGAAAAGUGAUGCAGAUGCCAAUAAUUAUCGGCCGUCAUAUUCAACAGUGACGAACUGACUUUUUUCUUUAUCUCAGUACAGACUCCUUCUUUGUCAACCUCUACUUUUUGUUGGGGCCAAUCAUUUUCGUUUCUGUACAACCAUUACGGGCCCUCCCACCAUCGAGUUUGGUACAAUUGCCUAAAACUUUCAGCCUCUUGAUGGACGAUCAGCAGGGCUGAGAGAACCAGUUACAUAUUUCUAAUGCUCAGGAUCGGCUAAAUUUCUAACCUACUGAACUUUAUUAAGAGCUAAAAUAGACCAGUCAUCCUUACAUUGAAUCCAACAAAGAACAGUAGUGUAAUCAUACCAAAAACAAGACAUCAGCAUACUGAGAAAAGUUUCAUCUACUAAGCAGAACGCAAUGAAGAUGGUCUGAUCUAGAUCGAAAACGUUUUGCGAAUCCUUUUGGAUGACAUUUUAAUAGUUUUUAAAUAAACUUUUGGGUAAUAAUUGUACAGGGUAAUAAUUGUUCAAACGAAGUUUUUACUUCUAUAUGAAUUGUAAUAAUAAACCUUAUAAUACAAGAAAAAGUGCAGGGAAAGAGUUGGAUUGGUCGAAAGAAACCUUCAUGGUUGCGUAAUAUUAGACAAUGGUGUGGUUCCACGGUAGAAGAAUUAUUUCGCGCAGCAGCUGAUAGAAAGAGGUUUCAGGAAGUUGUAAACAUGAUGACGGCCAACCUCUGAAUACGGACACAUGAAGAAGAAGAAUAAUAAACACUGAAAAGUUCAAAAUUUUAAAAUGACGUUUAAUAUUGUGUAUUUUGACUCAAUAUAAUGAAUAUUGAGAAUUGAAUAUUCAAUAAACAUUGAUAACAAAAUCAUUCAAUAAAAAAAUAUCUUUAUUUUUUUAGUAUACUUGAUCGGACUAUCUCGCGAAACAAAAAAAGAGAUAAUGGAUUGGCGAUGUAGCUACGGGAUACACCAAAACGAUUCUAUUCAGUUCUGUGUCUUUAUAGAGUUACUUUAUUUACAAAAUUUAGCUUUAUUUAGACCGAGAUAGUCGAAGUUAGCUCUUUUCGGCCUUUUAUGAACGUGUAAAUGGAAAACUUUUGUUUUUUUUUUGAAAUCUCGACGGCUUUUUUGGUUGGUAGAUUACUUUGGCAUUAUUUCACAUAUUUCCUUUUUAUGCUGAAUCAAUGCUCAGCUGAGGAGAUCAGACAGUCCUUGGUUCACAAAGGAUGGAAAAAAAUGGCAAGUAGGAUAUUAAUUUAGAAUCAAGCUAAACUGAAUAGUGACAGAUAUAGAUGCAAUAAAACAUAGUCCUGGUUUAUUAAUAUUGAACAAAAAAUUAAAAAUAUUUUUUGCUCAUAGAAAUUAACUUAUGAAAGUAUAAAUAAAUAUCUAACACAUAUUAUUAAAAAUUAGUCCAGCAAAUCUCCAAAAACAAGUGAAAUUGAUGUCAUUAUCUCCAUCUUUUAAAGCUUUUUAUAAGAUCUUUUACAAUUGUCUUAACUUUUAUAAAAUUAGUUUAUAUAUUUCUAUUUCUAUUAACCUUAUUCUUCUUCUUUAAAUAUCGUACGCGUUUAACAUCUAUACAGGGUGCCGGACGUAAACAAAACAGGCAUUAUCAGAAGCUGCAACAACAUUUUUCAGAUAUUUUCGAUUAUUUUACUUUCACUUCUAAGCCAGGGUGGGAAUCACUCCAAAACUUGAAAUGGUAAUGGGGGUCUUCUUCUUCUUAACUCAGGCGAGACUCGUUAGUCUCUGGCACUUGGUCAUGUACCAAACCCUGUUCUUCUCCUUAAACUUUAAUAAGUCCUGUGACCUCAACGAAUGCCAACAGAUUUCUUAUUGGUAGUUUUAGGAUCUCUUCUGGUUCAAACCUCAUUUGGCCAGUGAAGUCCUGCCUUACAUCAGCUAGCACACUGCAAUGGCAUAGUAUGUGUAUCCCAGUCUCUUCUUCCAUUUCGCACUUUCUGAACCAUGGUUCAUUCACCUUACCUAGUUUGGAUAUAGGUGCUUUCUUAAACGGAAAUGUCCAGUCACCAUUUCAGUGACCGUUUUGAUCUCUCGUUUAUUGAGGUUCAUCAAACUGUUUGAGAGUUUUUUUUUUCAAUAUUCUUGAUUUUUUUUUUAGUCUGGAUUUGCUCUUGAGUGGUUCUCCAUUUAUUUUGAUGAUUCUUUAUCAGCCAUUUCUGAACCUCAUUUUUCAUAGCAUCUUUAGUGAUGCCACAGAAAGGUUCUGGGCCUUCAAAAGUUUCUCUCGAGCCUUGUUUCGCUAACAUAUCUGCUCGUUCGUUCCCAUGCACCCCUUCAUGACCCGGCACCAACUAUUAAAGACACUUUAUUGUCUUUUGCUAGGUUAUUGGGGAGAUCUUUGCAGUUUCUCACCAGUCUUGAUUUGGUGUGAGGGCUCUUUACAGCCAGAAUAGCCGAUUGGCUAUCUGUGUAAAUGUUGAUUCUCUUAGCUUUAGGGUCUUCAUCAAUGAUUUCAUCAAUGCAGGCCACCAAAGCAAAAACUUCAGCCUGGAACACCGUUGUAUGUUGACCUAGGCUGUAAGAUUUAUUAUAGUUACAUGUUUGCCCAAAGACUCCUGAUCCAGUACCAUAGAUCCAUCAGUGAACCAUAUUAAGUUCCCAUUAAUAGUUGGGACUUUUUGUUCUCUAGCUAGAUGGUAUAAUUGUGUUAAUCUUCUCAGUGAAGAUUAGUUCUGGUGUCAUCAUAUCUGAGUUCAUCAUAAAGAUGGAUUCCUCAAGUAUAGUCCCAGUAAUGUUUGUGUGGCUAUUCAAUGUUUGCUUUGAGUCUCAGGAUGGUCAUAAAGGCUACCGCCGAAAUAUAUAAUUCCAGCGGAGGGAGACCUAUGAUAGCCUCUAAUGAAGCCGUUCCUGUACUAUUCAAGGCUUUUGUUAUAUUUAGAAGUGCUUGUCUUUGUAGUGUGGUGAGAGUGGUCACACAAGAUUGGAAAGCCGUCUUUCUCCACCAGAGUACUGACCCAUAAGUGACCGUCGGUCGUAUCACUGAUGUGUAUAAUCAACAGAUCAACUUUGGUUUUCAAUCUCCAGGUUUUACUUACAACUCGUCUGCAGUUUCAGAAAAGUCGCUUAGCCCUAUUGGUUAUAUUGGUAAUAUGAGUAUUCCAAUUGAGUUUCGAAUCCAGGGUUACCCCUAGAUACUUAAACUCAUUGGUUCUUUCCAGUACCUCUCCAAAUAAUUUCUGCUCACUCAGUCCAGUAAGCUUCCUCUUAUUUGUACUUGCUACCAGUUUAGUUUUAGAAGGGUUUACGGAGAGGUUCUCUUUCAGACACCAGUUCUCUAUUUAGUGAAGGGCAUAUCGCAUCUGAUCCAGAACAGUGCUGGGAAAUUUUCCCGUAGUUACUAUUACAAUAUCUUCUGCGAAACCCUGGACCCAGAUUCCUUGGGCACUUAGCCCAUGAAUCAGAUCAUCGACAACUAUGUUCCAUAAUGGGAAUCAAAUAAGAUAAGUAUGGUUUGAAAGCCCUUGCGAUUCCCUAUACGUGAGUCUUUAAAUUUUUCAAUUCAGUCCAGUACUUGUUGAUCUUCUGUCUCUUGGUCUUCUCGAUCUCUUAGCCUUAUUUCGUUCAUUUUUGAACUCAGGCUUCUCCCAACUCCGCUCAUCGAUCUGUAUCCUGAGCUACAUACUUCUAAUUUGUUCUGACUAUUUUUUUAAAGUCAUCUGCCCACCUCAUCUGUGGUCUUCCUCUUUGUCGUAUACCUUUGUAAGGUCUCCAUUGUUGUAUUGUAGCGCUCUACUAUUGGUAUAUUGUUGUUGUAUUGAAGCAUUUGAGGUUUACAAUUUUUGUUGUGGUAUCCUCGACUCGACUUUUGUUUUUCUUCUGUAUAUCUGUACACUUUCUAUUGCCCUUUCCGUUGUGGUGUGUUUAUCAUUAUUUGCCUUAGUUAGGGUCCAGGUUUGACAUACAUAUAUCGUGAUAGAAAGAAUACACUGGCUGAGUACUUUGCACCUCAAGUAUUCAGAUAUUUUGCGGCGCUGAAGUAUCCAAGGCAGAUACGAGCUACUCCAGUGCAUUUUACAAGGUAAAAUUGAAGGAAAAAGGGCCCCAGAACGAAGAAGAAUAUCCUGGCUUGCUAACCUGAGAGCAUGGUAUAGAAAGACCUCAACACAACUAUUCCGUAUAGCAACCAACAAAGUCAUCAUAGCCAGAAUGAUCGCCAACGUUCGGAACGGACAGGUACCCUAGGAAGAAGAAGAAGUAUCCAACUGAGUUCCAAAUCCUGCUUAUGCCAGUCUUACUCUUUUAGUGAUCUUCGCACUUUGGUUCUCUUUGUCGAGUUUUAGAAUUUGGCAUAGGAUGGCUAUUCUUGGACUCUUUCUAUCUCAUUGUCAUUUAUAGUUAUCUCAUCGUCUGGAGUCGUCUGUGUUUGUCAUUGUUACGUUGUUCAUUACGAAUUCCUCCGCCAUAGUUUCUAGUUCCUCUAAUGUACUCGCUAUAAUCACGAUGUCUUCAGCGAAUGUGGGGUAGUUUAACUUAUUGCCAUAAAUGUUGUUAUCAUAUGUUGAACAAUCUGUAUUUUUAGAGACUAGUUGUAUACCAUAUCUUAGAAUAGUUAUUUCCGACAGAAAAAAGUUGUAGUAAUACUUAUAUCGGUAUUGUUUUGAUAAAUAGUAUUUUUUCACUAUCAACGAAGAUAUUCAUAUUUUUCCACUGAAACAAGAAAAGUCAGUUAUAAACUCAUCUAAAUUAACCCAGUGUAACUUAAAAACUAACCAUCCAACUGAGUUUAAAUUUUGAUCGGUGAUUUUUUCAGGUUUGUACAUAAAAGAUUUGUCACUAUUGGCAUCAACUAUGUAUUAGAUCCGAGACAUAGGGCUUUUCAUCGAUUGCCAUUUGUUCCGAGCUUCUGUAAUAAAUCGUCUAAUAUUAAUAUAUCUACGUCAUACGUUAUUGGUAUAUAUGUCGGUUCGCUAAACUCAGACACAAGUGGCUAGUGAUUUUAGUCGGAUAUUUUUUGUUUUUGGCCAAUUUGGCAAAAUUACUUACUAAAAUCACUAACCAGUUGUGUCCGAGUUUGGCGAACCGACUAUACCAAUGAUAUUCUUGUUCUCAUGAUCAUUUUUCAGUGCGUCAUUAAUUAUGACGUCACAUACUGUAUUGGGUGUGUCGAGACUUAUUUCAUGUAAUUAUUGACGAAUCUGACAGAUGCCAGAAUCGUACUUCGCCAUAGGUGAAAAGCUUGUGGAAUUAAACUAAUUAGUAAUUUAGUAGAUUUGAUUUUUACACAAUAUGUUAACAUGUAGGUAUUUUUUAUAAAGGGGAAUAAAAUUAAAAAGUAAACAAUAUUGUUAAUUAAAUUUAUAAAUAUGGAAACAUUAAAAAAUGACACAAAACUAUCCAUAAACUGUGUUAUUAUCUUCUUCUCUAGGUGCUGUCUCCGCUUCAAAAGUUGGCAAUCAUCAGAGAGAUCUUUAUUUCUGAAACCGCGGCUCUAAAUAAUUCAUUGUUAUUACAUCCAAAUCAGUUCCUAAGGUUCUUCAGCCAUGAGUUACGUCUCCUUACUAUGGAUCUUUUUUUUUGCAUAAUGACCUGGAGUAUUAGAUAUACAUCUCUCAUCACAUAUCCCAUAUAUCUCAGUUUUCUUCUUAUUUGUUAGUUCUUCUCGUUCCCUAUGCGUAAGUCUCAUUACCUUCACGUUGGCUAUUCUAUCUACUCAUGAGAUUUUUAGCACUCUUCGGUACAUCUCGAAUGUCUCUAGUCUCCUCACGCCAAUGACUAACUUUUAACGAACUAAAUUCUAAACCAAAACACAAAAUAAUGCACAAAAACGUUGUGAAACACAAGGGAAGUCGAAUUCGAAUUUCAAAAUGACAGGUACACAAAAUACUGACCUGAAUAAUAACCGUCACUUGACUCUUUGACACUUCUAAAAAAUGGCCAAAAUGGACGAAGUUUUCGUCAAAUGUUCGUAAUACGAGUAUUUGAUUGGCUAGAAAAAACGCGCAUUCUAAAUAUCAACGAAUCAAACGUAGGUUAGGAAUAGACAUCUUAUGUAUAUAACCAUUGUAAUGCUGCAUUAUUUUUGUGUUUAAUCACGGAGCUACCGCUUUUUCCAUCUCAUCUAACUUAAUGCAUUAGAGAGAAAUCUAAAAACUGUGACGCAGUGAAAAAUGAUCAUGAGAACAAGAAUACAAACCAAAGACGUAUGACGUAGAUAUCUUAAUACUAUACGACACUUGACAGAAGCUCGAAACAAAUGACUGUGAAUGAAAAGCCCUAUUGACAAAGCGUUAAUAAAAAUUACAUGUUAUCGCAAAUCACGAAAUCCUAAAUUUCUUAAGUCAAUUAAAAAAUUAUUCAGAAAGUAUAUAAUAUUAUAUUUUUAUUAGUAAAUUAUUUUUUAAUAAUUAAUACAGAUAUUAGUAUUUUUCUGUAAUGGUAUUUUCAUAAAUGUUCGAGUUAAAUAGAAAAUUAAAAGAAGUUGUCGUUGCAAGGUCUAUUGCAUUCAUAAUAUAUUGGAUGUUUUUUUAAAGCAGAUAUGAGUGACAGAGUCAAGAAGUCAGUGUUAUUCCACAUAGCUUUACAGCUCACCUUUCACUUUAACGAAGCUCUCCACAAAUAGAAAUUGUUCAACGUGAUUGUGAUGGGAUGAGUCGGAGACCUCGAGAAAGGUUUCUUGACUGCACUACCGUUACACCACUUGUUUUCAUCCAAGGCUUAUUUGAGUUUUCCGAUCAGGCCUGCAUGCCAAACCAGAUAAAAAGCUAUAUGGACAUCUAGAAAGAUGCCUAAUAAUGAAUAUUGCGGCUUCUAUCCAUACGUUAUGUGCGCUGUGACCAUCUCUGAAUCCAAAUUGGAUAUCGGGAAUAAUGUGGAAUUCCUCUAGAUCUUCUAGGACUCUUUCUGGAAGGUGUUUCAUGGUUUAUUGAUGAUGAUUGUGCUGGGUAUUUUCUGGGUGAUAGAAAAAUAUUUCAGCGGUACUUUACUCCAUUACUCCGGCCUCCAUUACUUAGCCUCCUGAUAGUAUCUGUGUCAACUGGUUCAACUAUCGGAACCUUAAUGUUAUGAAAUCUCGCUAAGACUUUCACCUCUUUAAGGUGGGGCUGCUCUCUUCUUUGUUUCCGGGAGCGUGGAAUGUGGAUGAGCAAUGUUCAGGUCAAGAGAUUUGUAGAUGGGUUUUGGGGUUAGUUGUUUAGUCCGUUUUUUUUUCUGAAAAAAUAUUUCAGCGGUACUUUUGCCUCCAUUACUUAGCCUCCUGAUAGUAUCUGUGUCAACUGGUUCAACUAUCGGAACCUUAAUGUUAUGAAAUCUCGCUAAGACUUUCACCUCUUUAAGGUGGGGCUGCUCUCUUCUUUGUUUCCGGGAGCGUGGAAUGUGGAUGAGCAAUGUUCAGGUCAAGAGAUUUGUAGAUGGGUUUUGGGGUUAGUUGUUUAGUCCGUUUUUUUUUUCUGAAGGAGGAGAAGCCAAGUUGUCAAGUUGAGAGAAUAACAGUACCUCGGAUUUUACCAACUAUACAUUAUUAACGGCUCUUGAUCGGUUGAUAACUACUUGUCAUCGACGAUGACAACUAGUUUUUAAGACCUCUUUAUGAAUGGAGUGUUCUUCCAGAGAAACCUUCUUCUUCUUCUUCUUCUUCGCGCGACUAGGAUUACUCCUGUUUGUCUGCCUCUUAUUCUGUUUCAGUUGUUGUUGACUGUACAUUGUCUUUCCACCUUUUCGGCGGCCUUCCAACGGGUCUUCUGCUAUACGGCUUGUUGUUUUUACAGAUGUUCGCUAGUUUAUCUGGUUUCAUCCGGUUUACAUGUUCGUUCCAGAUUUUCUUUCUUGUUUUUAUCCACCUGUUAAUAUUUUGAAUUUUGCAUCGUUCUCGUAUACUUCUGUUGCUUUGUCUGUCUCUUAAUGAUAUGCCCGCUAUUGAUCUUAAUACUUUCAUUUCGAUAUUGUUGAUUUGUUGUUUCGCUUUCUUGUAUCGGUCCUUGUCUCCGCUGCAUAUCUUAGGAUAGGUCUUACUGUUGUCUUGUAUACUUUUAUUUUGCUUUCCGUGGUCAGAUAUUUGUUUCUCAAUAUGGUUUCUCGGAGGCAAUCACUUACUCUUGCCGCUUUUGUUGCUUGUGUUGUGGUCUCUGUUCUUAUAUUCCUGUCACUAGUAAUCUCUACUCCUAGGUAAUUGAAUUUCAUUACUUGUUCUACAAUUUUGGCGUCUAUUUCUAACUUGCAUCUACGCGGCUCUUUACUUAUCACUCACUAUACAUUUAGUUUUUUCUACUGAUAUUCUCAUAUUAAGUUUAUUUGCUGUCAUAUUGAAAGUGUGGACCUGCCUUUGUAGGUCAUCCUCGUUAUCAGCAAUUAGUACUGCAUCAUCGGCAUAUCAUAGUAUCGUGAUUUUAUGCGCUCCCAUGUGAUAUCCAUGUCGUUUUCUUACUUUGAUUCAUCACCAUAUUGAAUAACAACGAGCUGAGCGAGUCUCCUUGGCGGAUUCCUCCUUUUAGUUCUAUGCAUUAUGUUUCUCCUGUUGACAUUAUAACUCUGGUCUUGUUGUUCUUGUUAAUUUCAUUAAUUAGCCUUAUUAUCUGGUGGUCUAUUUGUUCAGCUUGUAAUAAAUUUAAGAUAUCAUUUCGCCUCACCCUGUCAAAAGCACUUUUUAAAUCUACAAAGAACAUGUAUGCUGGUUUUUCAUAUUCAAUAGACUUUUCUACUAUUUGCCUGAUAAUAAAAAUUGCAUCUAUUGUGCUGCGGUUCUUCCGGAAGCCUUGUUGUUCAUCUGCCAUAUUCGCUUUUUCCUCCGUUUUAUCUUUUAUGACUGCCGUCAACAAUUUUAAUGUGCUGUUCAUCAGACUAAUGCCUCUAUAAUUUUCAGGAUUUUUCGAGUCUCCCUUUUUGAGUAUUGGUAGCAGGAGACUUUAAUUCCAUUCCGCUGGUACUACUCCGAUAUUUAUUAUAUCGACAAAUAAUUUUCGGAGCCAUUUGAGUAGUGUUUUAGCAGUUCUCUCAGUAACUCAUAACAGUAACUCUUAGCAGUAACCUCCUCCAUAUUUUAGCAGUUCAUUAUUUAUCUUAUCAGGACCAGGUGCUUUUCUAUGAGAAACCAGAGUCUCUCAUUGAGAAUCCUACCGUAGACCUUUCUUAAACUGUUUAGAAGAGAUACUGGUCUAUAGGAUUCUGAGCUGGUUAGGGGUUUCCGUGGUUUGGGAACCAUAAACCACUAUAGGAUGAUAGUUUUCCCUUAAGUAGGCCUAAAACCCUGGAAUGAACAAAAAUAAAAGACUCGUUGGUGCUAUAUUGUUUCUCACCGCAGAAUGUAGCAAAUUGCUUUUAAAUUGGUUUUUUGUAGUUUCGGUUAUACAUUUUUUAGAGAACUUUGUAUAUUGUCAUAAAAAAACGUUCCAAAGUAUGAAUAGUUUGUGGAAGAGUAAAGUUGUGUGGAGUCUGAAACUAUGUCAGUUUUUAAAUAUAAAUAUCUGAUACUAGAGUUUUGCAAGAGAUCUUGUAACGAAAAUAUGACAAGAUUUAAUGCAUUUAAAUAUUUAUGUAUUAAUAAAUCGUGCCAACAGCAUAUAUUAUGCCAUUUUGAACUAUAAUAUACCACUAGAAUUCCCCAAAGUGUGUUCCAAAAUUAUUGAUCUGUGACAUAUUGGAUUUGUAAUUUUCUGUGGAAAAAGAUAUCACACAUAGUAUAAAAAAUUUGGAUCUAAACGUUGAUUUUAGUCUUCAAAGAAACUUACAAAUCCAAUUUUUUACAUUUACCCCAGAAACAGAGGAGCCACUCUGCAGCUCUGCUGAGUGGAGCCACAAAGUGGCUUAGACAGGCGAUUUUGCAGCCCCAAUGAUUUUGUAAUGGACGCCACUAGCAGCGAGGAUCGGCAACAGUGGCUGGCCACUACGCUGGCCAUUGUCGCUCUUGGAAUGGCACGUUUAAUUUACAUAAGAAUUUACCGCUAAUCAUCGGAAGCGACCUUGUGGCGCCACAGAGUACUGCUGCAGAGUGGUUUGUCUGUUUCUUCGCUUACUCUGUAGCAUAGAUUAUUAUGAUUGGAAGAACAGAGUUGACCAGGCUCAGGUCCUCGAGUACCUCCUGUUACCUCGAGUAGUAUUGCGUGGAGUAAUAUUUUUUUGUAUAGUUUUAAAAUUAGAGAAAUGUAAAACAUUAUUUGUAAAUGUAAAUAUGUCUUUUUGCUAUUGUAAUUCCAUUUCAGAUGCUUCUACUAUGAAACAGUUUGUAUUUCGCGUUGUAUCUAUUUCCAUCUUCCCCUAUCUCAACUCUUUAAAGUUAGUAUGUCUCAAUAUUUUUUUAAAGAAGAAUUAUGCCUUGUUAGUAGUAGUUUAUUCUCUACUACGAUGGAUAUACGAGAAGAAAGAUAACUAUUUCACAAGUUAUACUCUCUUGAAUAAGCGGUACACAACUUAAGGAAAAAUACGACAACUUUAAUGUCCCUAGAAAAGUGAAAGAGAUGAGAGGUAGACACAGACAGAGAUAAAAAAAACAAUAUUAAAAAAGAAAGAAAUAAUAAUAACGAAAUCAUAAUAGAUAGUGAAAAUCAUAACAAAGGAAAAUCUGGAGAAGUGGAAAGAAUGACACUUUUUGACGAUAAUAGAUCUUCUGCUCCCCCAUCCACUAAUGAUCGAAUUAAAAAUAUCCAGAAGUAACCAGAGAAGUCAUUCAUGCAAUAAAAGCUCAGAAAAAUGGAAAAUCCGCCAGUCCCGACAAAAUGAAGAUUGAACUAUUUAAUCUAACAAUAAAACACUGAAAACGUUUGUUUUCUAUACUUGCACAAAAUUUAUUAUAACUAAGUGACUACAGCUGUUUCUGCAGAGUGCCUUUCUCAAGUGAUUUAGUUUACUAUGGGUUUGCCUUUUUAAAGUCUUUAACUGAAGAGGUUGAGGAGUGGGGAGCUGUUUGUCUCGAGUUGGUCAUUCAGAAUUAUAUCUGUAUUUUUUAAUUUAUUAAUUUCCAUAGAUUCUAAUAAAGAUAGCUUAAGGCCUUUAUUUUGAAUAUGCAAAAUUUGAAACUCUUCAUUAAAAGAAUGUUUAUGAUCUAGAAGGUGAAGUUCGUAUGUAGAAGUGUCUGUUUUUCUAUUGUUGAAAGCCCUUUUGGUCAAAGGUUCUGCCAGUUUGACCGAUGUAAGUUUUCGGACAGUCACCACAAGUUAGUUUGUAGACACCACUCAGUAGUUGUUUUCUCUUUCGGCUCUUAUUGUUCUUAAUAUAUUUGCUUAAGUUGUGGUUAGUUUUGAAAGCUGGUGUUAUUCCGUUCUUUUUUAUGUAUCUGGCUAUUUUUGUUGUUAUCUUGCCAGUAAAUGUGAUAGAGCAGAAGGUACUGGGUUCUUUCUGUGGUGGUGGAUAAACUAAUUUCAGGGCUUUCUUAUGGAGUUUUUGGUUUAAAAUUUUAUUAAUUGUUUGUUCGUUAUAGCCAUUGUUCACUGCUAUUUGUUUAAUGAUGUUCAGUUCUAUUUCGAAGUUAUUUUUUGACAUGGGAAUUUCUGUCAGUCUAUGUAUCAUGCUAUGGUAGGUAUGCUCCCAUGUCAAAAAAUAACUUCGAAAUAGAACUGAACAUCAUUAAAUAAAUAGCAGUAAACAAUGGCUAUAACGAACAAACAAUUAAUAAAAUUUUAAACCAAAAACUCCAUAAGAAAGCCCUGCAAUUAGUCUAUCCACCACCACAGAAAGAACCCAGUACCUUCUGCUCUAUCACAUAUACUGGAAAGAUAACAACAAAAAUAGCCAGAUGCAUAAAAAAGAAAGGAAUAACACCAGCUUUCAGAACUAACAACAACUUAAGCAAAUAUAUUAAGAACAAUAAGAGCCGAAAGAGAAAACAUCUACAGAGUGGUGUCUACAAACUAACUUGUGGUGACUGUCCGAAAACUUACAUCGGUCAAACGGGCAGAACCUUUAACAAACUGAUAGCAGAACACAAAAGGGCUUUCAACAAUAGAAAAACAGACACUUCUACAUACGCACUUCACCUUCUAGAUCAUAAUCAUUCUUUUAAUGAACAGUUUCAAAUUCUGCAUAUUCAAAAUAAAGGCCUUAAACUAUCUUUAUUAGAAUCUAUGGAAAUUAAUAAAUUAAAAAAUGCUGAUAUAAUUCUGAAUGACCAACUCGAGACAAACAGCUCCCCACUCCUCAACCUCUUCAGUUAAAGACUUUAAAAAGGCAAACCCAUAGUAAACUACAACACUUGAGAAAGGCACUCUGCCAAAACAGCUGUAGUCACAUAGUUGUAAUAAAUUUUGUGGAAGUAUAGAAAACACACGUUUUCAGUGUUUUAUUGUUAGAUAAAAUGAACUUCUAUCAAGUAACUGUCGAAUCCAUCAAUUAUGAACUAUUUAAAUUAAUUGCAGACAACGAAAGUAAAAGCCUAGGAUUUAUAAGAUAUAUGAUACGGGUAAGAUACCAUUAGACUCGUUGUUCUCGAGUUAUCUGGAAACUUCCCUACUUCUACUGGUGAGUCACUAGAAUUUUCGCGAAAGUAUAGUAGCUAUCAAAUUAGUGCAGUAAACCUUAAUCUUAAGCUUAUUACAAAAUCAUUGGCAUUUGAAUGGUUUGGUUACGUUUCCGGCACAGGUAGAAAGUAAUAAAUAUUAAUCUAUUGUACAUUUAAUGUUCACCUCUCGAAACUUAACUACACCACACAAAUACAAAUGACUCUGUAAUAGGAUUAAGAUACGGUUUGCUGAAAUAAUUUGUGGGCAAACAUAGACUCAAAAAUCAGUCUGACAAUUUUUAAAAAAUAUUUUACAUCGAACAAACAAAAAGAAAGCCCAGGAACGAUUUCUAAAAUAUAAAUGUCCAUUUUAAUACAAAGAGGAUAUUUCGUCUGUAAUACAACAUCGUAUAUUGUUAAACGUUUUCUUUUGUUAAAACAUAGUUCAUUUCUUUUAUUUUUAAAAAUAUUGAGACAUAGACACUGUAUAGUAAAUGUACUUAAGAAGGCACUAAAUUGUUAUUAGUGCGUGAAUGUUGUUUGAAUUAUGUAUAAGAUUUAUAUCGAUACUUUUACCAUUUAAGCAUACCUAUUUUUUACGAUAAUUUUUAAGAUUUUUAAGACUUCUUAUAUAUGUAUACUAUUUUAUUUAUGUACAAAAAUGACUGUAAAUUGUUUAAAUAAAUUUAAUGUUUUGUA